AUGGCGGUUAAGCGAAAGAAGAGCAAUACCGGUGAUAUGAUCGUCCCAUGCGGAAAAGAAGAUAGUAAUAGUACUGAGAAGAAGAGUAAUGGUAAGGAGCACUUGCUUCCGUCGAUGAUAAAGAACAAAGAGAAGAGAUCGGCUGUCCACGCCCAGCUAAAGCACCAGAAGAAGCUCGAGAAGCGCAAGAAGGCUAAGGCUCGUGAAGCUGACGAGAAGAGAGCUCUUGAGAUUGGAGAGGAGCCUCCACCAAGGAAGAUCCCUCGCACAAUUGAGAAUACCAGGGAGUUUGAUGAGACUAUUUGCAAGCCUGAUGAUGAAGAGCUUUUUGCUGGUAACGAUGGAGAUGAAUUUAGCUCAAUUUUAAAGCAUGAAAGCACUUCGAAGAUAUUGAUCACUACUUGCCGCUUCAAUUCUACGAGAGGACCAGCUUUUAUAUCGGAACUACUCUCUGUGAUCCCAAAUGCUCAUUACUACAAGAGAGGAACUUAUGACUUGAAAAAGAUUGUGGAAUAUGCGACAAACAAGGACUUUACUUCCAUUAUAGUUGUCCACACCAACCGCCGUGAACCCGAUGCUCUCCUUGUUAUAGGCUUACCUGAUGGACCUACUGCCCAUUUUAAGCUCUCAAAGCUUGUUUUGCGGAAGGAUAUUAAGGUCUGUUGCUGUAUUUCCUUCAUCUUCUUUCAGAAUACAAACUUCUUGCAUUCUAACUCCAAGGCAAGCUACUGUGCACACAAAAUUUCACCAAAGAAUCAUGGAAAUCCAACUAGUCACCAGCCUGAGCUAGUGUUAACUAACUUCACAACACGUUUGGGCCAUCGGAUUGGGAGGUUGCUUUCUUUUUCUUCGUUUAAUGUAGAGGCUACAAUCGUGCUUUAUUGGUUGUGGAAUUCCACUUGGAAGGAUCGCAUUAGAAAUAUUUUAAGCGCAGCAAAUACAAUCAUGCUUUACUGGCUGAUACAAUCACUUUUCCCACAAGAUCCAAAUUUUCGUGGUCGGCAAGUUGUAACCUUCCACAAUCAGCGAGAUUUUAUAUUUUUCCGCCAUCAUCGUUAUAUUUUUGAAAGCAAAGAGAGUAAACAGAGUGACUCAAAAGCUACAAAAGGCAAGGAUACUAAGGAUGAAAAGAGUGCUCAGGAGAAAACAGUUGCUCGGCUUCAGGAAUGUGGUCCUCGUUUCACGCUGAAGUUAAUCAGUCUGCAACAAGGGACAUUUGAUACAAAAGGCGGGGAAUAUGAGUGGGUUCACAAGCCGGAAAUGGACACUAGUCGAAGGAGAUUUUUCUUGUGA